AAACGUUUGCAUCAAUCGCAGGUGCAAGGUCCUCCCACUCUCUAACGGAAAACACUUUCCCAUCUUCCCAUCACACACACCAUAUAUUCUCUUUCUCUCUCUCUCUCUCUUUCUUCUUCCUCUCUUCAUUUAUAUAUAUCUAUCUAUAUAUUCUUUACUAUAUACUUUAUCUCUUAAUUAUAUAUCUUUCUUCAUUCCUUCUUUGCUUUAUUAACAUUCUUUCAUAUAUAGCAAAUUAAGGGAAAGGAAGAAGAUUUAGAGAAGGGGAUUAAUAGGGGAGGGGGAGAUUACUGAAUAUAUAUAAUUAAAUCAAAUCAAAAUUAAACCCCCACCACUUAGCCUAUCUUUAUUAUUUUAUAUUAUUGAAGAAUUAGGGCUUUUUGUAUUCUUUGUUUUUGUUAAUUGUGGAAUUAGGGUUACAAAAAAAUGUGUACUAGAGGACAUUGGAGACCAGCUGAAGAUGAGAAGCUUAGGGAGCUGGUGGAACGCUAUGGACCUCAUAAUUGGAAUGCCAUAGCUGAGAAGCUUCGUGGAAGAUCAGGGAAAAGUUGUAGGUUAAGAUGGUUCAAUCAAUUGGACCCAAGAAUAAAUAGAAACCCGUUCACAGAGGAAGAAGAAGAACGGCUUUUAGCAUCUCAUAGUAUUCAUGGAAAUAGAUGGUCAGUGAUUGCAAGACACUUCCCUGGAAGAACUGAUAAUGCUGUGAAGAAUCAUUGGCAUGUGAUGAUGGCAAGAAUACGCAGAGAAAGAUCAAAAGUUUAUGCAAAACGACCACUUCAUCAUAGAACAUUUUUUUCUCCAAACCUUCAACAACAACAACAACAAGAGGAUCAUGAUGAUGAGACAACAAACUUUGACACAAAAAAUAAUAUAUCAUACUGUCUUGUUGACAAGUUUCAUGGAAAAUAUAGCUACCCUGCUUGUCUCACUUAUGCUACUUUCCAACUUCCUAACAAGUUUCACUUUCAAGGUCCAACUUCUUGUGCUACAUUGCUUCAAGAAAGAAGUCAAUCAAUUGAGUUCUAUGACUUUCUUCGAGUAAACACAGAUUCCAACAAGAGUGAAGUGAGUAACAGCAAUGGCAAAAAGGAAGAUGAAGAAGUGAAUCAAGAUCCUGUGGGGCAUCACAGCAAGGAUGGAAUUCCAUUUAUUGAUUUUUUGUCUACUCAAAGUUCCUAACACCAUUGCAACUAAUAAGACAUAAGAGUACCACUUUGUAUCAAUUAUAAACCCUAACUAGAACACAAUCAAGACCUUUAAAUCCUUUCAUGCAUGCAUGUAACUGCUGCAAUCACAGGAAUUGAUGUAUUUAAUAUACUACACUAGUACACUCACAUUACAACGUGUAAAAAGUAUGUUGUGAUCUUAAGAACUUCAUUCUAUAUACGAUAUGGCAACAUUAUCAUUCAAACUGAAGAAAAUUAGAAAUUCUAU